GCAGUAAACAACCGCGGCGAAGCGAUUGAGAUAACAAUUGAAAACAUGUUUUUAAACGCUCUUGAGCAAAUCUGGUGGAUGUAUGGUAUGGCAUUUUAUGGAUUUAGAAGCAUGAUUUUGCAUUGUGAAUGUCAUUCUGUCAAUUGAACCAUGUAAGUCAAUUGCGUAAUAGCCAGGAUCCUAUGCAAAUCUGAGAGAAAAUCAAGCAUUUUGAAAGUCAAAUGUGUUUUAACUAAAAUAAGGGCAAAGACGUGAUUCUUAGAAAGGAGAACAGUCCUGACCAAGACAUCUGGUAAGAGUUUUUGCUGUAAUUGAAAGAAAUCCAUAUUUACCUUGCAUGAAAUGCAGAGAAAAUCUUAAGACGUAAAAAAAAGAAAACCUUUUUUUGUUGUUUCAUUAUCUUUUACGUGGAUAAUAUUACAUUGUUUUUUACUUUUUCGACAAUCUAUGGAUCAAUUUAAUUGAGUUUGUUCUAUUUAGUUGCUUUGUGACAGAAUUAUGUGUUGCAUGUAUUUAAAAACCUUAUGCAUUAAUGUGUGCCAAAACAAAUUUUACAACCAAUUUUUGUUUUUUGUCUUAGUUUGUCUUUUCUUCCAGCAAGUUAAAGCCAUGAUCAUGCUUGUUGUUCUGCUGAUCGCAUCAAUGUUUCGCCAAGGUCUUACAGUAGUGAGCUAUGGAGACAACUUCAUCACUGCCUUUCCAGAGAACCUAGGUUUCUUCCAUCCGGAGCAUCCCUGGAACUAUUUAAAAGUCACGGCCCUUUAUGACGACACUACAUUCACAGUCUUCUACCAAAACACACAGAAAGACUUAAAAAUCCAGCAGUCAGGGCAGACCAUGAACGUGCUGUUUCCAAAAUCUGCUGAAGUAUAUCAGCUGGGCUCUUCGACCGCAUCUGUCAGAGUUACCAGUGACAAAAAAAUCACAGUGGUUUCUCUAAGUAAGCAGGCAACAAGCACCCAGACCAGUGUCGUCCAGCCCACGGUUAAUCUCGGUACAGACUAUCUGAUCCCUCUGCUGGAUUACCCAGGGUAUCUUGAAUCCUUCAACCUUUCUAUGCUUGUCCGUACGACCAUGAGAUACAGCUCAUUCAAGCUGCUCAUUAUCAAUGCUGUGAACAGUCAAAACACCAUCACUGUAGUCAGGCAAACAUCAGCAGGUGCUCAAGAAGAGACUUUCGAUAUCGAUCCUUACCAGCUGGUCCAGCUUCAGAACAACAAUUCCGUGCUGAGGGUCAGAUCUAGCAAAGAAGUAGCUGUGAUAUUGACCCACCCGUGUGUAGAGACUGGAGACUGUUACUGUAACAUGAUAAUGAAUCAGAUUCUUCCCACGAAGUUUCAGGGACUGAGCUUUAUCGUACCAUCCAUCUUCAAAGUGGCCGAGACCCAGUUACUUGUGCUGUCAGAAAGCCCAUCUUCGCUCUUUCAUAAUGGUACCCAGUUAGAAGCUAAUCCCUCAGGUCUUCUGCCGUUUUCAAACCUGGAGACAUCUCAACUGGUAAAUGCUUCGGAGAGAGCGUCCCUCAGACUUCUCAGUCCGGGCCUCAUUGUGGAGUUGAUCCCAGACACCAUGUUUUUUGCUUGCUACCUGCUGCAGUUUUCUACACAAAAUGGCAAGGCUGUGGUGAUAGCUGAAACAGACAGCAAAGAUGAUGUGCGCACACAUAAUGGUUUGCUAUCAGCAUCUGAAUGGACUGAAAUUGCCGGCACAAAGUACUCUUCGACUGAAGUAACUAUUCAAGACCAAAGGGCCACAAUCUGGCAUCCAACCUCAAAGAUUGCUGUUUAUAUGUUGGAAUAUGUGCGUAUGAAAGUACUUUUUGGAGGCCCAGCUAUACCCAUCACUGAAAAACCAGAUCUUCAUGGCUGUGCGUUGGUUCCUGGAGCAUUUGCAGUUGGACCUGACCCUCUGAGUUGGACCGAGUCAUUUGAGUUCUGCAAGAAUAAUGGAAAACAGUUUGCCUGUCCUGUAAGCAAAGCCGUCCUGAAGGACAUGGCCGAUAACCUGACCACGGAGAACGGGACGGGCUGGAUCGGUCUCCGCCGCAGUCUACUAACUACAGAGUGGUACUGGCAGGAGGAGUAUGAACCCAAUGUCGAUUACGUCCACUGGGACGAUGGGCAACCACUGGACCAUUUGAAGGGCUUAUGUGCUUCAAUGUCUCUGGACCCUGAAAAUGAUUUCAAAUGGCAGAGUGCACGCUGCUGUGAUAAAAAGAAGCCUGUCUGCUACAAAAGGCCAGUAUGCCUCAAUCCUUCACAAAACUGGUUUCUAAACACUAUUCCUUAAGUUUAGUGCUUACUAGUAAUGCUAUUCUUCUUUAGGCUCAUUAACUUUAAAUUUGUAUCACCACCUGCAUAUCUGAGCUGUAUUUUUGUCUUUACAUUAGAUUUAUUUUAGACGCAUAAUAAAAUUAAAUAAGGUUAAUGACUUUUUGAAAUGAUGUCAAGCAGUUGCGUUGAUACCACGAAUGAAUGGAAACAGAUGGAUCCUGAAUUAUAUUUUCAACUUAGCUUAGACAUCAGCUCAAAUGGAAGCAGGACAUAUACCCUGGAGUUAUGAAUACCACACUGUAAGGCUGAAAACACUGGUUGAAGAGAAAAUAUCUGACCAGUGGUCUAUGAAACAAAGGAUCUUGUUGGAAAUUAACAUUUGACUCCCUCCCCCUCUUCCUUUGAGACAAGUCUCACCUCAUCUACAUUUUCUUUGGGUGAACAAAGGGGUGAACGCAGUAAAUGUCCACUGUAAGCUCAUGAAAUUACGUAAUGAAAUGCAUUAUAUAG